ACUUGUCUGUGUGACAGACAGUCAGGGCUUUGCUUUGCUGUAUGAAUCGUGCAGACCGGCCGCAGCCAAACCCCCUGAAAACCCUCUGAAAACCCCCUGAAAACCCCCUUCAUUGCAGGCAUAAGAGAUGGCUCCGAGCGCACAACUGGACGAGAAGCCGAAGGCAGAGCAGAAGGGGAUCAGGGCUAUUUUACUGGGGCCCCCGGGAGCCGGCAAAGGAACCCAGGCUCCCAGGCUGGCAGGGCAGUUCUGCGUCUGUCACCUGGCUACAGGGGAUAUGCUGCGGGCCAUGGUGGCCUCGGGAUCCGAGCUGGGCAAGAGGCUAAAGGCAACGAUGGACGCUGGGAAGCUGGUGAGUGAUGAGAUGGUGGUGGAGCUGAUUGAGAAGAAUCUGGACACGCCCCCCUGUAAGAAAGGCUUUCUAUUGGACGGGUUUCCUCGCACUGUCAAGCAGGCUGAGAUGCUGGAUGAUCUGAUGGAGAAGAGAUCGGAGAAGCUGGACUCUGUCAUCGAGUUUUCUGUCGAUGAUUCCCUGCUGGUGAGAAGGAUCUGCGGCCGUCUGAUUCACCAGGCCAGCGGCCGCUCGUACCACGAGGAGUUCAACCCUCCCAGAGAGGCCAUGAAGGAUGAUGUGACGGGCGAGGCCCUGGUGCGCCGCUCCGAUGACAACGAGGCCACUCUAAAGUCCCGGCUGGGCGCCUACCACAGCCAGACCACGCCGCUGGUGCAGUACUACCAGAGACGUGGCAUCCACUCCUCCGUGGACGCCUCGCAGCCCCCAGACGUGGUGUACGCCAGCAUCCUCGCUGCCUUCUCCCGAGCCACCACUGUUUGAGCUGCACUGAGACCUCCCACUUUGGAGCCCAGCCAGUCCCCGUGAAACCACGUCCCAGGGCUCUGGGGGGGGGGGGUUACAGGAGGGCAGCUCCCUCCCAGGACCAGUCUGCUUCAGCGAGACUCCUUUAACACACCCUGUUUGUAGACUGUGCUCUUGUGAGAGAGUGCUUGGUGGAUUAGUCACACUGCACCUGUGUUUGCAUGUGGGGUCACUGAAUGAAUGAAUGAAUGAAGAGACAGCGCUGCUCUUGAAACAGCCUCCCUGCUCAAGCUCUUUGGGUGGAUUGGAGUUCAUUCAUGUGUUUACAGGACCCUGCUGCCUUCUUUAAAUAAAACAUCCCAGCGUUUCACAAAGA